AGGGCUGGAGUGUCCGAAGUCAUUCAUUCUGGUCAUUUUACAUUUCUUUUUAUUUUAUUUUUUUAUAGUUGAAUACAUUACCUAAUCCCAUAACACAAAAACUUGACACUUUACCAGGAGUAUGUGCAUUUGGGUGUACUGUAAGCGUGUGUGUAUAUGUGUGCAAAAGACAUUAGUGGGGAUCACUAUAAUAAAGCAUGUACAGUUUCAGCUAUGGGACAAAUGAAUAAGCUGAGUGUUGCAUUUCUUUGCCAGAAGGCAGGGAGUGUGUGUGCUGAUGUGUGUUUGUGUGAUAGACGAGGUGGGGGCUAAAGAGAGAAAGGAGAGGGUGAGACAGGUGAGGAAACCAGCAGCAAGAGGAGAGGGAGAGGCAUGCAGUCUGAAGGAGAAAGAGGGUGGCAGCAGUGACUCCCUCCCCUUAGCCUUGUUUUCAGUAUCUCUACCCCUUUCUGUUCCUUUCUACAUCUGUUAUCCUUCUGUCCAUCUGUUUGUGCUGUCUCCCAUACUGUUUGUACAUGAGUGAACCAAGGGAGGAUGCUGAAGUUCCGUGUGGACAGGAGAGUAAGUCAACAUGACACCAGUGGACCAGCUGGACCAGGAAUGAACACAAUCCAGCUGCAAGAAACUGCACAAAUACACACCGAUCUGCAGGGCUGUGAUUUGAUGAUGAAAGGGAAAGUGAACACUGCUACUGAGAAAAGCAAUCAGACUAAAAGUACAAACAUGGUGUCAGACCUGCCUCAAGAAGUCCAACCUUGCGCGAGGACGUCGCGAACACCAAGGAAAGCAGCUACAUUUGGGAAGCGCUCUAACUCCAUGCGCAGGAAUCCUAAAGCAGAAGUCACCAAAGCAGGAUGGCUGUAUAAGCAGGCAAGUACUGGAGUUAAACAGUGGAACAAGCGUUGGUUUGUCCUCUCUGACAGAUGUCUGUUCUACUACAAAGAUGAAAAGGAGGACACUGUGUUAGGGAGUUUGCCUCUGCUAAGUUUCCAGAUUGGUGGAGUACAGCCUUUGGAUAACAUCACCCGCAAGUUUGCCUUUAAGGUGUGGUUGGAAGAGGAACAGGACGAAAAUGACGAGUUGAAUACUCCUGCUGUGUUUUGCGUCCAGGCAGAACAUGCUGGAACAAGAACAUAUUACUUCAGCACAGACAGCUAUGAAGAGCAGAGGGAGUGGAUCACAGCCAUGAGCGAGGCUGCGGAGGUCAACGUUAAUCCAUCACAAAGAUCAAACACGGCUAUCACAGCUGAGCAGCCCAUGGUUAUGAGAGACACUGACAUGCAAAUAGAAUUGAAACAACAGACAGCACCUAGCGGAAAUGACAAUGGGGUUGACAACUUGGAAACACCCCCACUAUCAACCACUUGCUCUGAUCAUGACAAAGUGCACAAAAAUGGGAGAGAAGGAGAUGGCGGAGGAAAAACCGAAGAUGAAGGUGGGGGGCCUGGCUAUUCUCAAACAAACCACAAUCCAAACGGUUGGAGCAGUCAUUUUCCUCCCAGUGUCAAACCCCAAAACUAUGACAGCAAACCAACUCAUUCUCAAAAUCACAGCACUUGUACACCUGAAAGAAAACCAGAAGGAGUUGUCAACCCACCAAAGGAACAGCACCAGAAUGUAGUGCUGAGGAGGGGUUUUGUUCCGAGAACUGCCCCUGAGAAAGUGGCCCAAAGGAAAAGUUCAAUGGCACAACUACAGCAUUGGGUUAACCAGCGACGAGUCAUGGUGUCACAGGAGGACAUCAAUAGCCCUUCCCAUUAUUACCCAGUGAGCCAAGGAUUCAAUUACUAUGGCUACCCUAGUGGACCCCAGUAUUUGGAGGAGUACCCGCUGUACCCACCAGGUGUUCGACCUGACAGCAUUUGUUCCGUCUCUGCUGUGGGGGGAUAUGACCACCGCUGGGCUGUUGAGGAAAAACGCCGCUCAAUGAGGGAUGGGCCUCACCAUUUGUAUGGUCCGCCAACCCCUAGGGACUCUUGGGGACCACAAUACUACAGUGGAGUUGAGAAGUCUAUGAGACGUCUUUCCAUCCAGCCGCGUUCCAGAUCUGUGCCCAGGUCACCAUCCUUGUCCUCUGCGGGGGUCUAUUCACCAGUAUCACACAAUUUUGCCUCACCGGCUCGAUCCCCAUCUGCACGCUUUGACCGAUAUUCGGGGCGGAUGAGAGAUGAUGUAAUCUAUGCUGAUCCAUCGGUCUAUAACCUAAGGAGAUCACUCAGCUCGCCAAAGUAUGACCACUCUGGUGAUAGGAGGUCCAUAAAUCAAGGAUUUUACCACCACAACUACCCUGUAUCCCCUUCCAUCCACAAUAAAAUGGACGACAUAUUAGAUCUCCAGCUCCAACGCAACUUGGAUUAUUUAGACCAGCAGGUACUGGAGGGAAGCCGGUUAAUUGGUACUAUGGUUACCCGAAGGGUGGAGAGGUCCUCCUCAGCAGCAAAGCUCUGUAUACAAGUGCCUCCUUUCCAUGACGUCUACAGAGAGUUACAUCCAACACUGAAGCUAAAUGAAAUUGAAACAAGCAAACUCUUGGGCCGGCUGUGUGAGCAGAAUCACAUUGUGAAAGAUCACGAAGCAGUGGUCCACAGACUGCGAAUGGACAAGGACAGCCUUGAGGAGGCAUUGGUGGCUACUCAUCAAGAAAUGGAGAAGUACCAUAACCAGCCUGGGGCAAUGGAAAAGCUACGUUUCAAAAAAGAAACCCUACAAAACCAGCUAAUCAACAUCAGAGGGGAGCUCUCCCAUGCCUCAAAUGCUUUAACUACCACUCGUAUGGAAUUUGAAGCAUUAGAGGAUGAGGCUCAUGCCAUUCAUGGAGAUCUAUGGGAACAACUUAAUGCAGGCGUGCAGAGUGAAUUGGUUCGAAGGCACAUACAGAAAGAGUUUUGGAGAGUCCAGGAUGUUUUAGAGGGUCUACACAAAAGUCAUUCAUCAAGAGGCACAGAUACAGCAAAGCACAAAGUGGCCAGUGGUGCUUCAGGCUCCUUUAGCACCAAUAGUCCAGCCAGUCCCCUCAGCUCAGUAAGCCUCACCAGCCCUCUCAGCCCCUAUUCCCCAGUGCCUGGCUCCCAGGUUUCUCCCUCUAAACAGCUGGGGCCGGAGGAAAGUGCACCCCCAAGGCCCCCCCUUCCCAAGUCCUAUUACCCUUUGGAUCCUUCCUCCACCUUUCCCCCCUCAAUUCCCCCCUUGCCCUUUGACAGCACCAUCUGGCUACGCAGCUUGGGCAUCGAUGAUGGUUACUAUGAUGUUGAAGAUUCUUGCAUCAGAAAGAUUAAGUUCGGAGAGCAGAACAAUAUGAGUGAUCCACAAGACCAAGGCCUGGAAAGGCAAUCAACCAUGAAUAAAGUUGGUAUUGUCCCUCCAAGAACCAAGUCACCUGCUGACGACUCAUCUAACUGGUCUGGUGGAGUUUCCCGUCAUAAUGGCAGAAUGCCUAAUGGGAUUUCGAGGGAGCGUCCAAAAAGUGCUGUGUUUCCAGCUGAGCUUAGGUCCAAGAUGAGUGUGGAGGAACAAAAUGAACGGAUCCGUCGCAACCAGAGCAGUUCAGUACGGGACAAAAGGAGGAGUCUUAAUCUUUCAGGCGGCCAGUCACCGGCGAGCUACAGAGUGAUUCGACGAAGGGUAACAGCUCAUGAGAUUGACAUCAAGGAUUUAGAAGCAGCAGUCAGAGGACAGGGACUGGAGUCACCUCGUGAGGAAAUUGCUCGCUUGAGACGGUUAGAGCUUGAACCAGAACAGUAUGACCUGGACCUGAACAAAGAACUAAUGGCUCCUGACAAGGUUGUUAUCCCAGAACGCUAUCUGGAUAUGGACGAUAACACCCCCCUGAGCCCUGAGGAGCAGAAAGAAAAGCAGAAGAAACUUGAGCGGAUCAAGACCCUGAUUGCCAAAUCCAAUCUGCAAAAUGUUGUUCCUGUCCUGGAUGGCCCUGUAGAGGGUGGAACUCCUGUCAAUUCUCAGCAGCAAUUGCAGGAGCAAGAGAAACGCAUUGAGAUCUCCUGUGCUUUGGCUGCUGAAGCCUCACGACGCAGCCGCCUUCUCUCAGCCCAGUGUGCCCCAGAUCCCCCCACACCCCCAACCAGCCUGCACCCUCCCCCCUCCUCUGCUGACUUCCCUACCUCCUCAUUAUGAAUGCCUGAAUCAGACCAGCUCAAGCCCUUUCUGCUGUGAAGUUUGAUGGAGCAUCUUUUUGAGGACUCACUGUGUGAAAUUGACAAUGAACAUUCAUUACCUCAAAGAAAGAAAGUGACACGAACUCUUCUAGGCACCUGAUCCAACAAAAGCAUGGCAAGCUGUCAACAUCCUAAUGAGGAAACAGAACAUCUUUUCUUUCUACAAACGGAGCUCAACACCCACAUAUUCAAUCUAUCAAACACAUACAAACUGAUGGCCAGUAUAUCCUGUAUUUUCUCUGCUAGGGGCAGUAUCAGAGCUCUAGUGUCUGAUUUAUCUUUUGCUUCAAAAUAUAGAACACAUUAGGUAAACAGAAUUUAGCUCAGGACAAAGUGAAGUUUACUGAUGGACUGUGAGUGAAAGUUAGCUAAUUUAGGUUGGAUUAUUGAAAAAUUCAUAUUAAAAAGAGAUUACGAUUAAAAUCUCCUCACUGAUAUACUACAUUCUGCUUUCAGAGCCAUUGAGUGAGUUCCCAUGGAUGUCUGACAAUUAAUCGCAAUGGCAGUCACUGGAAAAUUGACUACUGACUGAAUCAAAAGCCUUUUAGUCAUUAUGUUUUUUUUUGUUUUUUGUUUUUCCUGACAGAAAAUGAAACCAUUGUAUGUACCAGAUCGGCCACAUGAACCUUCAACCACAAAUCAGUUCAAAUGAAAGUCUUUUUUCCAUGGUUAUCAAUUUUGUUUCUUAGCAACAUCACAAUGGAAAAAAAGACCAGAAUAAAGCAAUAUUUAUAAGCCUUUAAACAAACAAAAUUUAAUUACACAACCGACAAUAGGUGCAGUUUAUCCAUACUUUUAUUAAACUAUAUUGUACAUAUAUAUUGUACUGCUCAAGAAAUUAACCCAGUGAUUGUCUACCUAUAUACAGUAAGUUUAGAAUGUUGGAUGUGUCUUUAAAAGUAGUAAGCUAUACAUUCAAUGAAUAUAGAAGUGACCUUAGAGAUGGAACUCAAAAAACAUCUAUGUGAGUUAGUUAGGAGGAAAUACACUAUACAGUUUAUGGAACAGUAAAAUGGUUACAUUAAUUUUCAAUCAUGUGGUGCCAUAUGUCGAAAAUAUGUGUGUGCAUUUUAUACAUUUUAUUGUUGGUAUGGAGACAUUAAUUAUAAUAUUAUAGGGAUGUACCGAAAGCAAAAUUCCCGUCCGAAACCGAAUAUUGGAGAUAGUUGGCCGAAAACCGAAGUGCCGGAAAAUAUACAUGUAUGCGUUCAUUUUUUAUUAUUUAUUUUGAAUUAUUUUAUUUAAUUAUUUUCCAAUUAAUGCCCUUUGCCUUGGCAUUGGUUCUACAACCACGGAGGCUCGAGACAUAAAGUUCGAAAAGUGCCAAUUCUAAAACCCCAUUGGACGGUGCGUUCCAGGUGUUCUGUCAGAUUUUUCACUCCAUCAGAAAUUGCAACUCACAGCAAGUUUGGGACACUCAAAAAUGGGUCUCACGCUUCCAAUUGCUCAGGAAAAUGAGAUCUCGUUGUACGAUACAUUGUCUCGAUAUACGUUUUUGUGGAACUGUAGUUCACAACAACAAAAAAGCUAUUCCGUUUUCGCCGAAACAAAUACAGCUCUUUACAAGUCGAAUACAAUAUCUCCAACUCCUAAAAAUAAGAUUUGGUGUCUUCUUGUGCAACCAGUGGAAUUGAUCAAGAGCGACGAAGCUGAGCGAAAUCGCUCCUAGCCGGAUUAAACAGUGCCUGGCAGAAGGCGGUGUGGGAGUUGCAGGAAAAAGGUGACAAAAGAUGAAGUGGUCGUGAUAUAAACGUAUUGUAGUAAACCACAACAAAUGCACAUGUAUUAAUUUAAGCACUAUUUUAAUCAAGCCAGCAGUAUAUGAAUAAACUCCAAACUACUCACGCAUUGGUUCAAAUGCACUGUAGUCGAUGUGAGGCAGGACAUCAAAGGAAAGCAACUUCAGAAUGAGCGUGUAGCAGCGAUGAAGCAAAUUUACUUUAUUUGCGUUCAUUUAAUAAUUGAUAUAUUUCUUUGAUACCUCAAAAUACUUCCAAAUUGUGGCUGUGAGCCAGUAGUGUUAGCUCGCCAUGUUUUAAUUACAUCAUCACAAGAGGACUAAGGUUCUUCACACUUUCGGCCUUUUAACCGAAAUGCAAUUUCACCUAUUUUCGGCCGAAAGUUUUCGGUCACAUCUCUAUAAUAUUCCUUUCAUGAGUUGAUACAUACAUAGGAAAAAAGGUUCUGAGAGAUAGGUUUUGUGCCAUUUAUUCUGAAAAUUCCUAAAAUGGACAGCAUAAUUUGAUUAAUUCUUCAAUUUUAAUUGAAUCAAUAAACAUGUAUAAAAACAAACACAUCGGGUCGAAUAUAAAUACUUGUAAAUAUUAAAUAGUUGUACAUUUUUGGGAUUUUAUUACUAUUUACUAUGGCACUUAUUUCUUUAUAGCUUUAAAAGGACCAACUGAAAAAAAAUCAAUUCCUGCAUUUAAGAUUAAACGUUUAAUUAAAUGUGUUUUGUGUGUGUAUGUGUACAUUUUGAGUUGCUGCCUAUGUGAAGAUGCGGGCAUGACUUUACAACCUUGUGAAGACUCAUUUAAGUUAAUCUGUGUUAAUAUUGAAACAAAAUAUAAUCAAAAUUCAUCUAAUACCAACCUACCAUUUUGAGCAGGAUGAAAUAGUGGUGACAAUUCAAUUUCAACUUUUAAACACUUCACUUUCAUACUGUGUACCACCACCUGUGACAUUUUCAUUGUCCUUAUGUACCUCAAUGUCCAAGUGGCCUGUCUUUGUAAAUCCAGAUUUCAAGGAAAUGUUACAAAAAUUAGGGGGAAAUUAAUUUUAUGCUGAAAGCAGUUAAUGCCCCUCACUAAGCAAAAACAAAACAAAGAUUUAUUAGACUAUCUGUAUUUUUUCUUAUUCUUUUAUUUUUCCCAGAAAGGGAACAUGCUCAAAAGUGGCAGUAAUUAUAUUUUUGAUGUAUAGAAAGACAAUAAUAAGAUAGGUAAUUUUUACACUUUUCAUCAACAAAAACUUUCUUUUCCUUUUGUUACUCUUUUGGAUGGAACACAGACAGAUAUUUUUUAAUAUAUGGAAUCUGACAUGCUAAGUAAGACGAUUUAUGUCUGCAAGUGUUUUUCAAUAUAAGGAGUGUAAUGUCACACGGCUAUCGAAUAAACGGUUUUUAUCUCGAUUCAGUUGUAAACUAUUGGCCGGUAUAGUAUUCCGAGAUCCUUUUAUUACAUAUAAGAAUGACUACUUUGAGGGAAAAAUCAACAGACUGCUUGAACUAUGCAAAUGUUAAAAAAAAAAUAGACAAUAUGCUUGCUUUCAGUAAACCUUGCAAUAAAUUGAAUGUAUUCAUAUAAUGUCUUUUUUCCAGAUGCUUUGGAACUCAUUACAGUAUUUUGUAUGAUAAAAAUGUCUUCAUUGGAAUGAAUAUACAGUACAUAUGUAUGCCUAUAGUUUAAAAUCCACUUGCUAAUGAGGUAUUUCACUGCCAAAAACAAACUACUGAGGUGAAACCUGCUUCUCAUCAAUAAGCUCAUGCACUCAUUAUGACAAUAUUGAUGAGGAUGCUCUUCAGUCUUGCUGUAUGUCUGAAUAAAGU